ACAACCGUGGCUAACGUCGGCUUUUGCUAUCCACGCCUUGAAAAUGGCCAGCCUUUCUACCAUCGUGCCCACUGCGGCCGAUCUUGAGAUCUGGAUCGCUUUUAAGAAGGCAUUCGGCUUGCCGGAUUCUUUGUCCGAAGCCUCAUCAGCCUCUUACUCUGACAAACUAACCGACGACGAGUGCGCCAACGCCAGCCCUCGCCUGGAUAGAACCGGGGCCAUGGCGCGCCCCAGCGGACAGCGCAAGGAAGUCGUCUCUCACGAAGACAUGGAGCCAGUCGACUAUCGGCUCCUCGAGGGUACCUACUUGUCAUCUCUGGAGUUCGGCCUGUCCCAGGUUCCUCCCGGAGAAUCGAUCAGAUACCUCUUACGCCCGGAGAACCAGGUCGAUCUCGAGCUCUCCAAGAAAGACCACGGUGAUGAUUGCCAGAUCGGUGACGAGCCCACGGGUGGCGCUUCAGCCGAGGCCGAGAACAAAGCCCCAGAAACUGCUGAGAUCCACCUCACUGGCAACGAUUACGCCGAUGCCAGUGACAGCACCACCAUCGAAGGUGACUUUGAGGGCAAGCAGGAUGCGGCACAAGACCGCAAGGGCUGCGAUCAAGAUGGCAACGGAGCCCAGCCCUCUCAGCCUCUCCAAAGUGCAAAGUCUGAGUCUGGUCAGGUCGUCGGCAGAGAAGAUAGCGUUGACGCAGCUGGAAACAGCGCUGAGCUCAAGGCACCGGGAGACGUCAGCAGCGAUGCUGCGUCUAUAAUCAGCACCGAGACUGCUUCUGACACUGACAGCGACGCUGCGUCUAUCAUCAACGCCGAGACUCCUUCUGUGACCGACAUCGAUGCGGCGUCCAUCACCAACACCACUCCCGACGACAGUAUUGUCGAGGAGACAGAGGUAGCCCAAGAUGGAGAGGAGAAUGAGCACGAAGCCAACACCGCGCAGAUCGACUUGCCACUUGUGGUACCCAUUAACGAGAAAUUCGAAGUCCGGAACGCGUCCAUGGGCGGCUCCGGAGCCUUUGCUCGCAAGGACCUCAAGCUUCAUGACGUCAUUCUAAUGGAAAAGUACAUCCUCACUGGCGACGGACUUACCAUGCACAAGCAGUUCGCCGCACUCGACGCCAUCGCCCAGCGAGUAUACCUUUGCCUGCAUCCGCACUGGCCCAGGGACGAACAGCCAGUAGAAAUCCUCACUGCUAUUUGUAACACCAACUCCUUCAGCAUCCCCGGCAGCAAAGCCGUCUUUCUGGUCGCGUCCAGGUUCAACCACAAGUGCCACAGCAAGUGCAACCUAACGUACUACUACGACAGCGAAAGCGAGAUGCUGGUUAUCUACGUGGCCGUCGACCACAUUAGCGCUGGCGACGAGCUCACCAUAUCUUACGGCGCCUACCCACGCACGCUGUACGAGCAAUACGGCUUUUUCUGCUCCUGCGGUGGCUGUGACGGCUAUACCCAAGCCAAGGCCGACGCCGUCUCGCGACGCAACUGGAUCUGAGGAGGCCGGUGAUGCUUAGCACUCAUCAACUUCUGCUACUAAGCCGAAUUCCGCCUUGUUUCUGCUUGCGAUUCUACUCACUCCUCCCCUACUUUUACUUUGAUGCUGAUUCUGCUCCGAUAUCUGCAUCUGCGCCUUUUUAAACGUGGCAUGUUUUUUUUUCCUACAUUUCCCUUUCCUACCCGCUUCUACCAUCUUCUUGAUUCCUCUUCAUUUUUUUCCCUUUUCGGGUCUCCUGAAGUUUCAUAGAAGCACACUGCUCGGGGCUGGUGGGAAUCUUCAGCUGCAAAUAUUCGAGAUAAAAAAGGACAAAUGCGAGAGGUUUCUCAUUUAUUUUUUUGUCAACCGGUGCUUAUUUUCGGAUUUCUCAGCUUCGUAGUCGGAUAAGGUCGGGUGG